UUCGUCUUUCUCGUUUGGUCUAAAAACGAAUAAAACCUCAGGCAGAAGUUGUAAUUCUGUGUUAUUUAAGUGUCCUGUUACUUACGGAUAUAACGGUCCUAGUGACAGAGUCCAUGCUGUAGGUGGAGAAGCUGUCGGUGUCGCACACAGUCACGAUGGUGUCUCUGAUCUGCACCAUAAAAGAUCAUAGUGAUGAUGUGAACUGCUGCACGUUCUCCGCCUCGCUCCUGGCCACCUGCUCCACAGAUAAAACCGUACGAGUUUACUCCACCCGAGACUUCUCCGAGCUCCCGUUCUCGCCGCUCUCGGGCCAUGGUUACGGGGUCCACUGCUGCUGCUUCAGCCCCUGCGGUCAGUACCUGGCGUCCUGCUCCACCGACGCCACCACUGUGGUGUGGGCGAUGGGCAGCGGGGAGAUCGAGGCCGUGCUCGAGCACCCGGGCAGGAGUCCCGUUAGAGCGUGUGCCUUCUCGCCCGACGGCACGUGUUUGAUUUUGGGUGCUGCAGACGGCACCGUGGCUCUUUGGGACUUCCCGUCCAGAACUCUGCGCAGGACCGGCUCUGUCCCUGACACCACAAUGGUAGCGUGUUCCUUUAGCCCCUGUGGACAGCUGUUUGCUACAGGAACCACGUACGGAGACCUCCGUAUCUGGGACCUGGGCGUGAACCAGCUUCAUGCGGAGAAGUACGCUCAUGACCUCGGGGUCACAUGCUGCCAAUUUGCACCGCAGAUAAUGAAGGAUAAUGCCGGUCAUGUGGUUCAGUACCGUUUGGCCUCCUGUGGUCAGGACAGCUUGCUGAAGGUCUGGCUUCUUUCUUGGAAUUACUCUGCAGGUUGUAAGAUGCAGCUGCUACACACACUGUCAGGUCAGUCGUCUGCUGUCCUGUGCUGUUGCUUCUCUGCAGAUGGACAGCUUCUAGUCUCUGGGUCUAUGGAUAAGUCUGUUGCAGUUUAUGAAGCAAAUGGUGGAGUCUUACUCUAUACCUUAAACCAGCAUGAAAGGUAUGUAACAGCCUGUACAUUCUCCCCAGUUGCCCCCCUUCUAGCCACCGGCUCCAUGGAUAAGACAGUGAGUGUGUGGCGUGUGGAGGACGGCUGCAGCUCUCAGGGUGUUUUACCUGAUGGCAAAUCUCUUCCAGCUGAAGUCCCCUGCAGCUCCCACCAAGCAGGCAGGAAGUGGCCGGGUCAUUCCAGGCUGACGGUGAGCGAUUGGUCGGAGGACGAUGUGUCGUCAUGGUUACAGCGGGAGGGGAUGGAGAGCCUCAUCGACACGUUUAAAGCCAAUAACAUCGAUGGAGCAGAACUGCUGUCGCUCAGCAAGGAGAGCCUCAGCUCCGAGCUUCGUAUAGAGUCUCUGGGGUUGCGCAGUAAAAUUCUGAGGAAGAUCGAGGAGCUGAAGAUGGCGCCGGUAUCUGACGGCAUUCCUGACGAGUUCCUCUGCCCCAUCACGCAUGAGGUCAUGAAGGACCCGGUGAUCGCUGCAGAUGGCUACUCGUACGAGCGAGAGGCCAUUGAGAGCUGGAUCAAAACUAAGAACCGCUCCAGCCCCAUGACCAACCUGCCCCUACAGACCACACUGCUCACCCCCAACCGCACACUCAAAAUGGCCAUCUGCCGCUGGAGCAGCAGCCAGUGAUCAGCCCGGUCGGUCCGAGCAGGACGUCCUAUAAUUAAUGCUAUAACGGCGCUGAAUCAGGUUUGCUGGGAGCUCGGAAAUCUUCCUCGACUGCGCCGUCUCAAGUUUAGCUCGUCCUUCCGUCUUUGUCUAGACAUCUGCGUGAUCUGUGAAACUCCACACUGGUAACGUUAAUGGUUUCAGGCUGGAGUCUGUAUUAACCUUCUACAUUUCUUUAUCAGUAAUCAACCGUUUGAUUUUAAACAUAUUGUCAUACAUCGUUAAGAAAAAGUAAAGAAAUCAGUGAAGACUGUCUAAAGAAACGUGACAAAGUAUAAAGCUGAACGGUGUUUAAUUUAAUAUGACCUCAGGUCUGUUUAAACAGAGAGCUCCUGGGAAACAGCUUUGUUAGUGGACUGGAUACAUCACUGAUUUAUUUCUAGGAAAUAUGAUGAAGUCAGUGUCAGUUAGUCAGUGCUAUGAAGUGACGUUAUUGGGGUAAAUAUAGUUUAUAUGUUAUAUAAAUGUGCUCAAUAUUCUGAUGCAUUUUGGGCGUUGAUGCUUUGGAAAUUUUCCUCUCACCCCUAGUGUUUGUUAGUUGUUUUUUAAUCACUGAAUCAAAUGAAUGAAUCGCUGAAUCAAAUGAAUGAAUCGCUGAAUCAAACGAAUGAAUCGCUGAAUCAAACGAAUGAAUCGCUGAAUCAAACGAAUGAAUCACUAAAUCAAAUGAAUGAAUCGCUGAAUCAAAUGAAUGAAUUGCUGAAUGAAUCGCUGAAUCAAAUGAAUGAAUCGCUGAAUCAAACGAAUGAAUCGCUGAAUCAAAUCUUACCUUUGCACAAAUACCUUUUCCUUUACUGUACCCAUGCACAUGUAUCACACCAUACAACAACGUUUAUCUGUAAUGUAAUCUGUAAAAACGUUUAUCUAUGUGAUUUUACACUCUAAUGUAGCUUUUAUGGCAGGACAUUACAGCCUUUUAUAACCCCAGAUAUUGCUAUACAAACCCUACCGAUGAACAGCUACAACAUUACGGUUGCAUGUUGAUGUCACUGACCUGCGUUCGUGAUGGGUGAAGACAUUGCAGUAGUAAAAGAAUCAAACUCA